UUCAAGGCAGGUUUGCUUGAUGUGUCAGCAAAAUCAUUCUUCAGUUAGGUCAAGAAAUGACUGUCAGAGUGCUUCGGCUGUUGCUGAGCAAUAACAGAUACAGGAAAUGAAAAAAAUUCUGUAAAACUUGAAUUAGGUGAAGAAAGAGAUCUUGUUGAGGAAAGUAGGUGCUUUUCUGUUUGAGGCCAAUUACAGUCUUAUCUUUUUCGUGUACUUGAAGUGGAGUGGGCUCAUGAAGGGUUAGCCAAUAGAGGCUCUUGAUACCAUUUGGAAAGAAGAGGUUCAUUCAAAGCAGGAAACUUGUAUUUAAGUGCCUUGGAACUCUCUAAAUAUGCUUAUCGCUCGCUAUCAGCUGCAAAGGAAGUAUAGAGAGAUUAGCUUUCCUAGACUACAGUUACUCUUUGUGAAUAUUGCUGUAAGUGUUAAGAUACUUAUCUCAAAAGCAUAAUUUUGCUAUAUACUCAUCUUGAAGUAAAUUAUCUGCUACUUUGCAUUUUUAUGAGAACAAUCCUUAAAAAGCAUCCUUGCAUUUUCAAACCUUCCAGCACGUUUUAACUUUUUCAAGUAGAGAUCAUUGUUCAUCAAGCUGAUAAAUGUUCUAUGAAUGUGUCAAACUACUCUUUAUGGAACAGCAGGAACCAAAGAUUUAAUCUGAGUAGGAUGAAGAUUUACUUUUGUCACUGGGCAUGUUGGAUCUUUCAGUUCAUUCUGAAGUCUGUUUCUCAAAGUACUUUGAGAGAUGGGCUGCAUUUCUGGUGCUGGAACUGACAGUACUGCUUUUCGAGGUUUUACCCUUCCUGUAACUGUGAGGACACUAUCCAUAAUUAGAAGUUGUAUUUUAUGCAAGUUUGGUUUUCUUUUUUCUUUUUUUUUCUUUUUUAAUUAAACUCUGGCAGGAGUACAGCUGGUAACCAUUCUUUUAAAAUAAUAAACAAGUACCAAAUCAUAUCCGUAGCUGUACGGAUGAGGUAAGUCUGCAUGGCCUUGUGUGCUAAAUUAGGCAUAAAUUCACUUUUUUUUUUGCUUACCAGGAGGAUUUUGAAAGUCUUCAGUAUAAGAAAUUUCAAGUCUGCACGUUGUAGAGAUACCCGAUACUUUCUGUAACAACAGUAAAGGUACUGAUGCUUCAGCCAUCCCAUACUUGUUGUCUGCAGUCUUUCUGAUAUUCUGCACUGAACAGCGUAUCUGUAGGUUGUGUACAGAAGCAAGAUGGCUUCUGCAUACACUGCAUUUUUAUGCAGGAAAUAAAAUAAUGCUAAUGAAGCAACAGUUUCCCUGAAGUUCAAGUUUUCAGACUCACUGCCAUUAUGGAUGAGCAGCAAGCUUUGAAUUCAAUCAUGCAGGAUUUGGCUGUGCUUCAUAAGGCCAGUCGUCCUGUAUUGCCCCAGCAAGAAACAGGAAAACCAAAGUCAUCUUCACCUAAAAAACAGAAUGAUGUCAGAGUCAAAUUUGAACAUCGAGGUGAAAAAAGGAACACACUUGAAGCACAGAUAGUGAUGGACUCAGAAGUUCAAGCAUGUAAUUCAUUAUGGAUCCUGCAAUUACCCAGGCCUGUUAAACUUGAAGAUCUUGCAGCUAAAGCUAAAGUUGCUUUUGGACAGACUAUGGAUUUACAUUACAGCAAUAAUGAGCUUGUAAUUCCAUUAACCACACAGGAUGACCUGGACAAAGCUGUUGAACUGCUCGACCGUAGCGUUCAUAUGAAGAGUCUCAAGAUAUUGCUUGUAAUACAUGGAAAUACACAGUCACCCAGUGUAAAUAAUGUUGAACCCUUGCCAUCACUGGAAGAUUUAGACAAUACAGUGUUUGUGACAGACAGAAAAAGGCGAUUGUCUGUAAUAGGUUCUAAUACUCGUGAUAGGAGUUCACCUCCCCCAGGAUACAUUCCAGAUGAGCUGCAUCAGGUGGCCCGAAAUGGGUCCUUCACCAGUAUCAACAGUGAGGGUGAAUUCAUUCCAGAAAGUAUGGAUCAGAUGCUGGAUCCACUGUCUUUGAGCAGUCCUGAAAACUCUGGCUCGGGAAGCUGUCCCUCACUUGACAGCCCUUUAGAUGGAGACAACUAUCCAAAAUCUCGGAUGCCAAGAGCACAGAGCUAUCCAGAUAAUCAUCAGGAAUUCUCAGUAGAGUAUGAUAUUCCAAUAUCUGAGAAAUUUGGAAAGGGAGGGACUUAUCCCCGAAGAUACCAUAUUUCAUAUCAUCAACAAGACUACAAUGACGGUCGUAAAACUUUUCCAAGAGCCAGAAGGACUCAGGGGAACAGCUUCCGAUCACCAGUUAGUUUCAGUCCCACUGAUCACUCGCUGAGCACCAGUAGUGGAAGCAGCAUCUUUACACCAGAAUAUGAAGAUAACAGAAUGAGGAGGAGAGGAAGUGACAUAGAUAAUCCUACUUUGUCAGUCAUGGACAUCAGCCCACCCAGUCGCUCACCACGAGCUCCAACUAACUGGAGACUUGGUAAGCUGCUGGGUCAAGGUGCAUUUGGCAGAGUAUAUCUGUGUUACGAUGCUGAUACCGGAAGAGAACUGGCUGUUAAACAAGUUCAGUUUGAUCCUGAUAGUCCAGAAACCAGCAAGGAAGUAAACGCACUUGAAUGUGAAAUUCAGUUGCUGAAAAAUCUGCUGCAUGAACGAAUUGUACAGUAUUAUGGCUUCUUGAGAGAUCCACCAGAAAGAACACUCUCUAUAUUCAUGGAAUAUAUGCCUGGGGGUUCCAUCAAAGACCAACUGAAGUCAUAUGGAGCGCUGACAGAGAACGUGACUCGUAAAUAUACGCGGCAGAUUUUGGAAGGAGUUCAUUAUUUGCACAGUAAUAUGAUUGUCCAUCGGGAUAUUAAAGGAGCAAAUAUUCUGCGAGAUUCAGCAGGCAAUGUGAAGCUCGGUGACUUUGGUGCCAGCAAACGACUGCAGACUAUCUGUCUCUCUGGCACAGGAAUGAAGUCUGUCACAGGAACUCCAUACUGGAUGAGUCCAGAAGUUAUUAGUGGAGAAGGGUACGGCAGAAAAGCAGACAUCUGGAGCGUAGGUUGUACAGUGGUAGAAAUGCUCACGGAGAAGCCCCCGUGGGCAGAGUUUGAAGCAAUGGCUGCCAUCUUUAAAAUUGCCACUCAGCCCACCAACCCCCAGCUACCACCUCAUGUCUCCGACCAUGCUCGGGAUUUCUUGAAACGGAUUUUUAUCGAGGCCAAGCUGCGACCAUUUGCAGAUGAACUGCUAAGACACACGUUUGCACACUAUCACUAACAGCCUGCCUCAACUCAGCUUGCAUCUACUGCAUUUAUUUUCUAUUUGACUGCACUUUUAUUUUUAUUUUUUACAAAAAAAGGAGAAAAAAAGACAAGAGAGAAUUUUCUCUUGAAUCUUUGUUUCACUUAGAUUGUAAACAAUCUAAAUUUUGUAUCUAAGAUGAGAAUCUUCUCUCCCCAGCUCCCACCAGGACUAGAACUUUUCGUUUCUAUAAUGUACUGAUGUGGUUCAUGUAGAUAAAGCACUUUAGUACAUACUUGUUCCUUAUUUAAAGAGGAAAAAAAAAAAAAGACAAAUGCUUGGACAGUCAGGAACUGUGUGACUUUUUCUGACACCGCUGACUGACUCAGGGUGCAGGGAAAACCAGACAUGCAGCUAAAGGACAGAAGGUUACUUCUCUGUGAUUCUUCUUUAUAUUGUAGGUACUUGUGGCAGAGAGUUCUAAGUUCUUAUUGUAUUUUAGCAGUUCAAUCAGUUUCUGGAUUUUACAGUUUAAGGUGGAACACGCAGUUCUGAGAGUUAAUGGUAAAGCUGGAAGAACUUGGAACUCUUUGCACAGCAGUGCGUCUAAUCGGUACUUCUAUGUGACCAAAAGAAAAUAACGAAAAAGAACUCAACACUGAUGUACUAGUUUGAGGUUUCAGUGUAGAACUAUUGUAUUAUCUUAAUAGGAAAAAUAAUUACAGGUAAACAGAUUAUAGACCCAGACUCCUCGGAACUACUAUACUGCAAGGGGGAAAUUUCCAUAAUAGACAAGGGUCAGCUGUUGGAUGUAAAUAAUUAGGAGAAUGCCUCCUGCUGUAUCUGCCAAAGAGAACCUCUGUUGCAUAAGCUUGGAGGCCGACGGUUAUCUUAAAUAAGGGAAAAUAGUGAUGUUGAGAAUCAGUUCUCCUCCACAACCCCAUGAAUAGCUGGAGGGGAAGGGGAGUGACUAAUCCUUGUGCAGUAUAUGAGUUACUUGAGUCAGAAUGAGCUAUAAGAAAUGUUUUCAAAGCUGUCGAGAGGCACUAGGAUGGAAUGUAUGUCAACAUCAAGUGCCUGAAUAAUACAAAAUUCUUCCCAUUAUGCACUAAAAAACCUGUUUUAGUAACACAGUUCAGUCAUCUAGGAUGUGUUGAAAAUUCCUGAAAUAGUUAAACAUCUUUAACACCUGGAAUAAGUCACUGAGAAAGACAACACUCCAGCUACAUUUUUUAAUAAGGUAGCAAUGUUGAAUCCACAUAAAUAAGGAGGCACAGCACAAAAGACUCUAUGAAGAUUACGCCAAAAGCGCAAAGAGGGCCAGCAACUAAAUAACAUGUGAUUACUCCAGCCUGAUAAUCCAGAUGAUUGGUGUUUGUCAGAUUUCCAGCUGUCAUAAAAUGUACGUUAAUCACUUUUUCCAUUGCUGAAAGAGUAUAAUAAAGGAACAAAAGUAAAACUCUGAAAUACCACUUCUCAAUUGAGAAGUCCAGGGACUGAUCAGGUGUAGAAUGACUGACUUUUCAUAACAGAGAAGUCGAACUCCCAUAGCUUUGUAGAAGAACACAACACAAAUAAUUUAAAAGGGUAUUUGGAAAUAAACUGUUGGACUACAGAACUGAAAUACUGUAUACUGUUUUGGAUGAUUCAUUACUUGCUUUUGUUGUUUUGUGAAGGCAGAGCGGGCUGGUACUGUGAACCCUGUCCAUGCUGACAAGGCUCUACCCGUUUUGCAUCUUUAGAGGACUAUCAGAAUUAUGAAGCGCAUGGAGAUAGAAGCAGCAGCUUACCCAUUCCCAUGGUAGCUCACUCCUGAGAUUUCCAAAUUUAUUCUACUAACUUCCAAAUUCUGUAUCGGAGCGUAAGCAGGAGUAUGUCUUUAUCCUAAUCACUUUUACCUGUAUUGGAGCAGGAAUGACUUUUUUUGAGUCCAUCAUCCCUCCUGUGACUGAGGGCAGUGGCUUCUUUGGUUUAUAUGAGUAUUUUGCCCAGCACUUAGAAUUUUCUCAGUCAGGGUACACAACUGUGCAAGGUUUUCUGAGCAUGGGAAGAACUAGUCAAGCCAGGGAAGGUUUAGAAGGCUGAAAGGAAAAAGGAAAGUCUGUACUGACUUUUUCUUUUUAUCGCUUCUCUGUCACUAGAUCAAAGCUAUGGAAGCAGCUUUUGAGAAGAAUUGGUAUGUACUCUGCUGUAAAGGACCUUUGCUUUAUAAGCAAAAUUUAGUGACAGCAGGGAUGUAGAGCUUAAUCAUUUAUGUAGGUAAUUUAAAUAUCAUAUAAUCGAAAUGAUUGGUUUCAAACAGAUUAAGAAGGUACCAAAACCAAGGUGAAAAUGUAUAUAAAAAUCAGCAUUGGAGAGAGAUCUCUGAAAAGGUAAGGAAAUUUUCUAUUACCAAAAAGGACAUUGAAGGGAAAAUGUAACCAGGUUUAUCUGUAGCAUUCAUAACAUUUAAAUAUACUAUUCUAAAAUGAAACUGCAUUCUCUGAAGCUUGAAAAUUUUCAGAAUCUAGUUUUCUUAUAAUGUGUCCUUUUUGUGAGGCAGUGCUGGCUCAUGUAUAUUGCAAUAUCACUUCCUUGUUGUGAUUCUUAAAUUACCGAAUAAUCAAGUUUGCUGCUUUUGUGCCUUUUCGAAAAAAUGGCAUUCAGUCAUGACAACGGUAAGCAUUUCGGAGCCAGGAAAAAGAGAAUUGUCAGAAUGCAUUUUCCUUCAUUUCUUUGACGCAUCAGAAAGCCGCCAACGUAAAGAGUGCUUCAUAAACGAAGAUGACAUUUGCCAAUUAAAGUGAUUCUAGUAAAAUUUUAUUAAUUUAACCAAGAUUAGGCUUGAGCUGUUGUUUUUUCACCCUAUGGGGAUUUUGUCUACUGACUUAAGCAACUUACAGUAUAUUAGAUAUGAACAUAAAUGUUUUGAGCUAGAAAUAAUUAUGAAGCUAAAUCAGACUUUUAGCAAAAGGCUAGCUAGUGUGCAUCCCCUGUUGGAGUAAUGCAGUAGAACAAGCAGCAUUACCUAACAUGGUACCUCUGUAUACAAUGUCUGUAGAACACUUACGUUGGCUACUGAUAACGAACAAACGCUAGUUCUAGAGCCUGAGAGAACCUGAGAGGGCGCGUGGAACUGCAUGUUUAAACUUCCACUGGAGGAGCAUUGUAGAGCCAAGAUCUCUGCUCACAACUUCUUGUAUCUUAUUAACAAAGAUACCAGCAUUUUAGAAUAAUGAAUUUUUAUUCUUAAUUGUUGAAUCCAAUGACUAGAAAAUGCCAGUGAAAACAAUACCAUUGCCAGGUGUUUUGCUUUCCUGUAAGUGCCACAAUGAAGCGGUUCUUUCAGUCAAGAAGGACCGAGGUUCCCAGUAAGUACUCGUAUCUUCAACACUUGCUUAUCGGCCAAUGAAUUUUAUUAUUCUGUCUGUUGCAUGUAUUAAGUAACAACAGUUGAACUGCUUCUCUAGUAUGGUUUUAAUGGUGUAACUAACAGACCUGUAAAGCACGACUGAAAGUUUCAGUUGUGUUAGAGCAAGUUGUUUAAUCUGUGUGAUAGAAAUAUCCAUGCAGGAACAGGUAUGGAUCCAAUAAUUGCAAAGUUAAAUUGGCCUAGUCUUUUUUCUUUGUCAGGUUUAGUCUUAAAAUGUUAACUUGAGUUGCAAUUUGAUUUGUAGCUAAACAGUCCUUUCAGUAUAACACAACAAAAAUGUCUUUUUGUUGGUUUUUGGUUUUUUUUUUUUAGCUAGUGCCUUUUUAUCUGUAUGCCUUAAUUUUGAUCAUAUUUGAACACCAUAUUGAAAUAUGUCAUACAAUUCUGUGUCACCAAAGAGUCUUAGAAUAUGGGCUUUUUUUCCAAAGUGCCCAAACCAGAAUUUGCCUAACUGCAUUGUAAAGUGUGCUUUAGUUGGAACCUGCAGCACGCAUUUAAAUUCAGAACUUUAAAAAGUGGGGUUUUUGAGCACUUCCUGAGGGCUUCCUGUGCUAACACACGUUUCAUAUCUGUGGUUUGGAGAUUGUACACUGAUGCACAUACCAGAAAAGGGACUUUUCUGCACUCACAGAAAUACUGUUAGAGCCAAGUUUUAGCUUCCUAGCUCUGGGUACUAGACUCCGAGUUUACUUUAGAGACUGCAGCAGCGUUCUUAAUGGACUUGGAGUUAUAGUUGGUACAUUUGUAAACGUGGUACUGAAAUAAAGCUGUUUACUUUCAACACACAAGAUAAAAUGUGUCUAGCAAAUCAGUAGAUUUCUCAGUGCCCAUGACAUUCUUUCCUGUGCCUUUUGGGUAAUUCUAACCUGCCGUUGUCUUGACUGAAAACCUUGUAGCACCUGUAGGUACAGCGCAGUACAGCAAGCCAUUCUUUGGGACAACAGAGAGCAAUGUCUAACUGCAGCUUCAGAGACUUGAGCAAAUUGGUUGGAUCUACAGUUAUUUAUAACUGAUUUCUUACUUUUUUAAUCUUGAAAGUCUUUGUCACGCAUAUAAAAGAGCAUAAUGUGUGUGCUUGAAUGUGAGUCCCUAUGGUGUUUCUGGAAAAGCAGAAGUAUUACCGCCAGUAUCAUUUCUUCUUGCUGGUAACUUGCUGUCUUGUGUUAAUGACAAGUCUGCAGUGUAAAGUCACAUACAAUUACCAAAGCUUUUCUAUCCCCAUAUACGUAUAGCCAGAAGUGAUGUUUCAUGGAUUAGUACUGUUACUUAGAGAUACAUGUAUAUCCAUCAGUAAGUUACUGCUGAUUAAAGCAGGUACUAGUAAAAAGUGAUAGACACUGCCCAUAUUUAAGAGAUUUGGGUGUUUAUAGUUGCUGUUUCGAUGUGCAAAAUUCAUGCCAGCAUUAAAAUGAAGAGUUUUCUUUUUAAAACUCUUAACUUAAUCUUACUGUUGUCAUUCUAAAAUGAACGCAUAACCUUGGUGGCUAGACCUGGUGACUUUUGCAGCUGGGUUUGAGCUUUAGGACAUUUAAGGAACACCACAAAGAUAAGUAGAUUUGUGACCCGAACUGCUCCAUGCACCAUAGUGAGAACAUUUCAGAGCUACUGGGGAGCAGUCUGUUUGAGCUUACAGCAAUGUGUCACCCGCAGCUAUGUGGGUGUCGAUGCUGCCUCCAGGAGGAGCCACAAAUGCACACCAGUGGGAGCAGGCAGAAAUGCCACCAACCCAGGGUUUCUGAAUCAAAAUCCUCAAUCAGAACCAAAGGAGCUCCAUUCUCUCUUUAUUCCCCCCACUUGGUCUGCACAGUUUUUCUCUCUGGUUGGCAUAACUUCGGUACUGCAUAGGUGGCGGCCACUGACAGCUCCUGAAUAAGGUGCGAGUUCACGCACAGCUUUUAUACCAGGACCCUGUCAAUUGAACCCAGGUCGCUGCAGCUCCCUGCUUGCUGGAGUAACCCUUGGGUUUUCCCUGGCAAUAUACAUAUGUGCAUGUUUGAGGGGUUGAUGGGAUGGAGGAAAUGAGCUUCCUCAUGUUUCAGAGCACCGAUGCUAGCAGGCACGCUUCAUCUAGGUCUUAGUUUUUGUAAACUUAUUUUAAAGGGAGAGGAACUGGAUAAAAACACAUUAAAAUUGUAUCUUAUGGUUCAGCCCUUACAUUGAGGCCACCGAUGAGGAUUGGAGGUCAGGGUCUUCUGGAGAAGAGAGAAGGAAAAGGAUACUCUAACUCCAGAGUGGAUAGUCAUAGGAAAUAUUUCAGAGGUUUUUCAUGUCUUUUUCCCCAAAACUAGAUGAUCCUUUUCGCCAGAGGUUAUAUAAUGUGGAUUUAAAAAACAAAGAUUGCGUUUUCUUUUCCAAACAGGCAUUAGGUUGUCGGUUCCCUAGUGUUUGUUUUUCAUUAAUAUCAGUAAAAAAGGUGAUGUCCUCCUAAAAUUGGAACAGUUUAUUAAAGCCUAGUGUCUGUCAUCUCAGACCUCGCAGGAGUUGUGUAAUGGAGUAUCACUGUAAGUACGCGGAGGAGACUUAGAUGAAUUGGAACGUAGGCUUUUAGUUUUCAUGAAGCUAUGAAUAAAAAUUUGUAAAUUUUCUCUUGAUCUAAUGUACAUUUUUAUGUAGCCAUUAAAUUCUCUAUUUAAUCUA